AGAGAGAGAGAGAGAGAGAGAGAGAGAGAGAGAGAGAUGUCGCUGAAGGGAUGCACUGCGCCGGAUCAGCUUCGAACUGUAAUUCAAUCCCGAUCUCUUGCCGCUCCCAAAGUACUGACUCACCGUGGAAUCGCGGUCGUCUCCUGCUGCUCUGCACCUUCUGUCUCUACACCUCUCACGGCGUCGCAAACUUCCAUUAAUCCCACCAACGUAUCAGCACCGGCGAAGGCUUCGGGGGCAUCAUUGAGGUAUUCCCAUACUGACCGGCGGUUCCUGAGUUUGGUGGACCAAUUCCGGCUUGGGGGCAUGGCUGAAGAUGGGUUUUCCUACAAACGGAGAUUCAGAGUGAGGAGUUGUGAAGUUGGCCCUAAUAAGACCGCUACAAUAGGAGCGAUUGCCAUACUCUUGCAGGAAGUUAGUUGCAAUCAUGUUCAGAGCUUAGGGUACACAGAUGGGUUUGGAAGAAGCUACACUAUGAUGCAGUUGCACUUGAUAUGGGUGAUUACCAGAAUGCACAUUGAAGUUUACAAAUACCCAACAUGGGGUGAUGCAAUUGAGAUUGAGACAUGGUAUGAAGGUGGAAGAGUCGGGAACAGACGUGACUGGAUAAUUAAAGAUGCCGCUGGUACAGUUAUUGGGAGAGCUACCAGCAAAUGGGUGAUGAUGAACCAAGACACAAGGCGGGUCCACAAAGUUAGUGAUGAGGUGCUGGAUGAAAUUCUGAGUUACUGUCCACGAACUCCACGUUUAUCUUUUCCUGAGGAGGAUAACAGUAGCCUGAAGAAAAUUCCCAAGCUUAAAGAGCCUGCACAGUAUUCUAGACUAGAGCUUAAGCCUAGAACAGCUGAUCUGGACAUGAACCAGCAUAUAAAUAAUGUCACCUACAUAGCUUGGAUUCUUGAGAGCAUGCCUCAAGAAGUUAUUGACAAUUAUGAAAUUCAAAAGAUCACAUUGGAUUACCGACGAGAAUGCCUACACGAUGAUAUGGUUGAUUCCUUAACUAGUAUGGAACAAAUGGAGGGUGCAGAAGCAGAUCUAGAGCUUAAGGUGACAAAUGGAUCUGCCACUGGGAAUAAACAUGAAGAAGACUGCUGUCAGUUCUUGCAUUUCAUGAGGUUGUCAGGUGGUAGACCAGAACUAAACAGGGGUCGCACUGAGUGGAGAAGGAUACCAACAAGAUGAGUUCGGAACUUAGUCAUACUCUUUCCCUGAGUCGAGAAGGAAAUGUACUAGAGUGGGCAGUAAUUCGGUUUAUUGUAUUGUUACUUUUCUGCAAUUGGUCACAAAUUGAACUCUACAAUACUGUGACAGGAUCUUAAUGAUCUAGUUCAGUUGCCCAUAAUAACAUUGUGUAGAUGUUUAGGAAUGUUUAAUGGGAGCUUGAUCUUUUGCAAGUUCAUAGAGGAUGUACAAACAUGUUGGGACUUCUAAGUUCUAGUUAAGCACUUGUUGAUGUUCUGCGUA